CAUUCCACCGAAUAGCCAAUUUUUUCAAUAUGCAUUGUGGGCAGGACUGGCACAUGAUAUCCCCCGACAAUAAAUCUUUUUUACGGAAGAGUAAUAAUUGCACAUAUGGGAAUAAACUAGCAAGGAUGGACUUCAACGCGCAGAACUUUCAGUCACCGGUCACGAUCAGCCUAGCAGGCCUUCUAGCAACCCUGAUAAGCUUGCUGGCAUAUAUGUCAUAUAGCCCUCCAAUUGACAAGAGAUCGCCAGCAUUUACAUCUGAUACGGUUCCGUUUAUUGGGUCAUGGAGAUUUUUCACUCAAAAACUUCCGUUUUGGAGGAAUUCCAUGGCACUUUCAAAGACCGGAAACUUCAGCUUUUGGCUGGGCAAAAAUCACGUCGUUGGGGUUUCCGGCGAGGCGUCUCGCAAGAUGUAUCUGGAAAGCCGCAGCUUACAUCUUAUCAAGGGAAUCACGCUCAUAGGACAUGGCCCAGACUUUAUUGAUGGGCGAUCGACAGUAAUUCACAAUAUCUGGAAAUCUGCAUAUACUAAUGACCGCACCUAUGCCACAAGACGCUUGCUUGACCUACAAAAGUCGGAACAUCUCGUUAAGCGUCUUCCUCGCGUCACCAGAGACGCUCGUCUCGCCUUCGAGGAAAUGCCUAAUAAUGCAACUGGGGUCAUGAACCCAACCAAGGUUUGCUAUCGUCUUGUUGUGAUGCAGGGAUCGCGUCUAAUAUGCAGCAAUGAGAUCGCGGAUGAUCCUCAACAACUGAAUCGCCUUGUAAGAUACGUGUCGACUCUACAGUCUACCAGCAGCCUCCACCUCCUUGCCUUCCCAUGGCUGUCAUAUUUUAGUGUAUCUUACUGGAAACGUCGUUGGGGGCGUAAUGGCAUCACCCAAAUUGUUAAACCUAUUGUCAACAGGCGUAUGAGGAAGGGUGCUCCUCGCUUUGAUGACUCUCUGCAGUUUCUUAUCGAGAGCGGUGAUAGCAAGGACUACAUUACCAACUUCUUAAUUAGCAUGUUAUUCAUUGUGGCGGCUAACGCUGGCGUUCUCUCCGGUGCUAUGCUAAACAUUGUGGCUCAUCAUCCCAAGUGGCAGGAAAAGAUAUACGACGAGAUCAAGGCUGCUGCUGCGAUACAUUCCAAAAACAGCAAUGCGCCCUUGGUCGACCAACUCGACUCAAUUCCGCUCGGGGCUUGGGAGACAUCAUUUCCGUCAAUUGAUCUCUGCUAUAAAGAGGCCAUUCGGAUGUGGGUUGCAUUCCCCAUGGGUCGAUUCAACGAUACGCACAGCCCAAUCCCAAUUCCUGGAACAAAUGAAGUUAUUCCACCCGGGAGUUUUGCGUGUUACAAUACCCUCGAUGUGCAUUACAAUGAGAAGCUAUAUCCAGACCCUAUGAAGUGGGACCCAGAGCGCUUCCUCGAGAGACGCGAAGAGUACAAGAAAGAGGCCUACGGCUACAUGGGCUGGGGCGCUGGUCGUCACCCCUGCACCGGUAUGCGCUGGGCGAAACUGCAACAGAACAUCAUCUUAGCCUAUGCCCUAGCCUUAUACAAAUGGAGUGGCUGUGACGAGCACGGUGACCCCAACCCACACUUUGCCCAGCCAACAACUGCCUUGAACGAGCUCGCUCCUAGGUUACCCCAGGGUCUCUGGUGCAAGUAUGUUCCUAGGGAGAAUGUGUGAAGGUUUACUAGAGAAUGAUGCUUUAUAUUAGGAGAUUGUAGAAAUAUAGGACAUCCAUAGUGUCUGUGAUGCUGUGUAGAGAGUCCAGCACUCGAGAAUGAUACAGAACUAGCCUGCAUUAAGAC